AGCCGCGCGCCGCGGCACGGAACACUCCGGGACAGGUUCCCAACGCGAUAGCGCGCCGCCGGCCGUCCGCAGUACCGUCGUACGGUUUGCACAAGAACCAUCCGUUCUCAUCGUUCCUCCAUCGGAUCAUGACACACGGCUCACCUGUCGUCGCACCGUCGUGAAGUCCGCGCGUCCGCGAGUCCUUCCUUCGACUCGCGAUCGAUCUCGCGUCCAAACGUCUCCGACGACGCGCCCGACGACGUCUCCGUCGGUCGAUCUCGACGUCUUCCUCGCUUCCUCUCUUCGAUCGAUCACGAUCCCGCGCCGAGCCGUCUCCCGGAACUCGCGCGAACAGUGAAACGAUCGAUCGGGCCGAUCGAUCGCAGGUGAUGAACGGAACGGAUGUAAUCGAACUCGAAACGAUGAUGCCCGGCUCGGUGAUGAUCGCGGAAGUCGAUCGAAACGUGACGGCUCUCGAUGACGAUCCUUCUAAGGAUGGACGCGAACGCGACGAGGCGCGAUAGGGACGAGGGUGCGAACGGUUGCGACGUUGGUUCCACUUCCGGCGAUAACGUAGACGCCUCUUAGGACGCGGCUCGGCGAUUGAGAAUCGAUACACGCGCUGCGGUAGAAUUAUGUGACGAUCGUGCUUUUUCCCUCACGCUACUCACGGAAUUUCGAGCAUCCCUCGAAUGAGGGAACGAGCCUCUUCUCGCGCGAAAGGUCUCGAAAAGAGAUUUUAGACAAUUGUCAGGAGACAACGAGAGCUUCAAAACUUCGGAAAGACCGAGGGAGAGAUACGACUGACCUAUACUGACUGACAAUACUGAGAAUACAGGAAAGUUCAGCGAUCAUAUAACUUCACUUCGUCGAAUGUGCUCUCGCAAAGACAAUUCCGUGAGUGAGAGGCAAACGGUGGAACUCAAACGUGAUUUAUUUUUCGUUGCGAGAGUAAAAAUAUCGAUGGAAGAGACUAUGUUGCGUGUCGCCUGGUGCUUCAUUUGAUACAAAAUAUCAGCGGCGAUGGUAACGAUAUAGUUUAAACAAUCCUAGAGACAACAGCAAAUAACGGCGGCGUUAAUAAAUAACGCGUUCGCGAGUGACGUCUGUAUAUAAAUAAUAAACAAUAAACACCGACGUAAAACUGAGUAAUAUCUGGUGAUCCUGUGGAUUAAUCGCUGCCGAAUAUCAGCUGUUAAAUUAACCGUGGACAAGGGAUUUCAUCGCCUCCGAGCGAUGUGUUUGUGCGCCUGUGAGCAUGUGCGGUUCACUUUAUACACGACGGAACGUUUGCAAUAAGAUUGGACGAGUCAACGCCGGGGUUAAGCAUCGCUAAUUAUCUUAGAGCUGCCGUAUAAUUGUCGCUAAUUAAUCAGCGCGACUCUUCACGCUUCUCGCCUCCGCCCUCGUUGGAUUCGAGCUGCGAGUUUCACGCUCUCCGCCGUCGCGAGUUUCAUACAUGGAAACAAUGAAGUGGCUUUGGAUAAUCGUCUUAGUAGCUCUGGCCUUGCCAGCUGCAGUACCACGAAAAAUCCACAGAAGCAAGCCCACGCCACGAUUGUACGGCGACAGAGUCCCUGUCAAUUUAAUAAGGACCACCAACAGCAAGGUGCGGCAAAAAAUCAUAGACACCCACAACUACUUUCGCACGCAGGUCAAGCCAUCUGCUGCCAACAUGCUCGUUAUGAAAUGGCAUUCGGGCUUAGCGAAGGCAGCACAAAGGUGGGCCGAUCGUUGUCUCGGUUUGGUGCACGACAAUGCAACCGGUCUGUACCUAGACGGUUUCGGCCAGAGUGGACAAAACAUAUUCAUCAGUACGGGUCGUACACUCUGGAACUUCCCCAUCAGGAUGUGGUACAUGGAGUACAAGGACUUCAAGUACGGGCCCAAUACAACGAAUGAGAUCCUCGAGAUCGGCCAUUACACGCAGGUGGUGUGGGCGACGACGCAUCUGGUCGGGUGUGGGGUGAGCCAUUGCACCGGCGGCAAGGGUCCGCUCGGCAAGGAUUUCUACAUGUACGUUUGCAACUACGCUCCGAGCGGUAACUACAAGGGCCGCCUGGGCCUACCCUACGUGGCUGGGAAACCGUGUAGCAUGUGCAAGGAUCACUGCACGCGGGGCUCGCUUUGCACGAACGCCUGCUAUCAUACCGAUCUGUGGUCGAAUUGCGCCGAGUUGGUCAGGACAUUCGACUCGUGGGUCUGCGAGACCGACACCAAGGAGGGCCGUGAACGCCGGAAGUUCUGCGGCGCCACGUGCAACUGCAAGGACAAGAUCUACUACCGUCACGAAGGGUAGGAGGGCUACCUUGGCUUUCGCGUUUGGGUCCACCGUGUUGCAUGAAUAAUUUAAUCGCCCUGCAAAACUAAACUCAGACCUGGUGGGUGUGACGACGGCUAAAUGGCGGCAGAUCGUUUAAACGGGGGAUCGUGUUGUUUUAUUGAUGAGCUCGUUUGUUUAGUGAUGAGCUCGAGCUGGAACGCUCGCCACGUUUCGAGCCAGGGGCCCUUGUUGUUGAGAGAGGACGGAUAGCGGGUAAACGGGAUAAUAUGGAAAUAUGGUAGAUGAAGUGAUUGUGGAAUUUGUGUGCUCUCCGCACAAUCGCCGGGGCCUAGAUUUUCCCGAUACCUGAGGAUUCACAGGUCUACAGUCUCAGAAGAUCAAUAGAUUCUAUGCCGUGGCGAUCUAAUGAUUCCAAACUGCAUAUGAUCUCUUGAUUUCAGGUCAUAAAGACCCCGAAGUACCUUUUCUUGUUGUAGCGCGAUCCUCGAAUUCUAGGAACUCUGAAAUUUAUAGUCCUCGAAUGCCCAGGACCCUUUGAAACUUUUAUGAAUUUACUUUUAUGAACCGGUGUAAAAGUCGCGUGUAUCUUUUAUGAUUUGAACAAACCCACGUUUCCCGCAGAAUUUUACGCGAAAUUAUGAAACCACUGGCUAAAGAUAUUAACCGUUUAUAAUUUUUAAAUGUGACAAAACAUCGCUUAAAUUAACAUUUAAUUUGUUUGCGUACUCGC